UGGAAACGAGAAGGAGAGGAUAAAUUCUUCUCCGGCAGUAUAAAUUCUCUUCGAAUUCCUCUUCUUGCUUCAACCCCAAGGAGCUGGGGUUCGUCUCCCGCCACCGAUUAAAUCCCCAAUUCUUUUCGCUCCCACCGUUCUUCGGGAAUCUCCACCCCCACCCGAAUCUUGCAGUUCAUCGUUUACCGCCGAUUUGUUCUUCUGCUUUUGUGGGCGAGUAGCUUAUUGUGCAGUGUUGAGCACAAACGCGAAGUUAUUUUUUCCCUCCCAAUUCCGCCGCCUUCGUCACUAUCUCGUGGAAGAUUCCGGGUCAAAUUUGGACUUUUCGGGUGUGGGUUGCGUGCGAGCGGUGGUGAUUUCUUGGAAGGCAAGCAUCGGGGAGAAAGAUUGGGUUUUGGGUUGGAAGCGGCGGAGGAGGAGGUGGAGUGAUGGAGGUCGGGUUGGGGAUGGGGCUGGGCGAGCCGCCGGCGGACUACGGAUCGAUCGCGGCGGUGGGGCUGUUCGUGGCGCUCAUCUGCGUCUGCAUCGUCGUCGGCCACCUCCUCGAGGAGAGCCGAUGGAUGAACGAGUCCAUCACCGCGCUCAUCAUCGGGCUGGGCACUGGUGCGGUGAUUUUGAUGGCGUCGAGCUGGAAGCAUUCGCGCAUACUGGUGUUUAGUGAGGAUCUGUUCUUCAUUUACCUGCUCCCGCCAAUCAUAUUCAAUGCAGGGUUCCAAGUUAAGAAGAAACAGUUUUUCCGGAACUUCAUGACUAUUACAUUGUUUGGUGCGGUUGGGACCCUGAUCUCUUUCACUGUAAUUUCCCUCGGUGCUAUAGGACUAAUAUCAAGGCUGAACAUUGGUUCCCUUGAUCUUGGAGACUAUCUUGCACUUGGGGCAAUAUUCUCCGCAACAGACUCUGUAUGCACCUUGCAGGUGUUGAGCCAAGAUGACACACCCUUGUUGUACAGCUUGGUUUUUGGGGAAGGUGUUGUCAAUGAUGCAACAUCAGUUGUGCUUUUCAAUGCAAUCCAGAACUUUGAUCUGGCAAAUUUCAGUAGUGUUAAAUUCUUGCAAUUUAUUGGCAACUUCCUUUAUCUGUUUGCCACAAGCACCUUUCUUGGAGUGGCUGCUGGACUUCUUAGUGCUUUUAUCAUAAAAAAAUUGUACUUUGGCAGGCAUUCCACUGAUCGUGAAGUUUCUAUUAUGAUGCUCAUGGCUUACUUAUCCUACAUGCUGGCUGAAUUGCUUGAUUUGAGCGGUAUUCUCACAGUGUUCUUCUGUGGUAUUGUAAUGUCGCACUAUACCUGGCAUAAUGUAACAGAGAGUUCCAGGGUCACAACCAAGCACGCCUUUGCCACAUUGUCAUUUAUCGCAGAGACUUUUCUGUUUCUCUAUGUUGGUAUGGAUGCAUUGGAUAUAGAGAAGUGGAAGAUUGUUAGCGAAGCAUACAGCCCAAUGAAAUCUAUUGCCUUGAGCUCCACUCUUUUGUUCCUGGUGCUGGUUGCAAGAGCUGCAUUUGUUUUCCCACUAUCAUUUUUGGCAAAUUUGACCAAAAAAUCUGAAGGGGGGAAGAUAUCUAUUAGGCAGCAAGUUAUCAUUUGGUGGGCGGGUCUGAUGAGGGGUGCUGUCUCCAUUGCUUUGGCCUACAAUAAGUUCACAAGGUCAGGCCACACUCAGCUCCCUAGCAAUGCUAUUAUGAUCACCAGUACAAUCACUAUUGUUCUUUUGAGCACAAUGGUGUUUGGGCUGCUGACAAAGCCAUUGAUUAGACUCCUGAUUCCAGCAAGGCACCUCAGCAGGGAAGCGAGUGCGCUUUCAGAUCCACCUAGUCCAAAAUCCUUCCUUGAUCCACUGAUCCUAAACGAGUCUGAGGUUGAUGCUGAGAAUGGUACUGGAAUUGGCAUUCGCCGACCGACGAGCCUCCGUCUGCUCUUGGCGAGCCCGACACGCUCAGUCCACCAUUACUGGCGCAAGUUCGACAACGCCUUCAUGAGGCCAGUGUUUGGGGGCCGAGGAUUCGUCCCAUUCGUCCCUGGCUCACCAACUGAAAGGAGUAUGCCAUUACUCCAGGCAAAUGAUAACUAGAAAACUUCAACAAAGGAUUCUGCCAUUAUCCAGGGAAAUGAGAGCUAGAAAACAUAAACAGCAACUGAUGCAGUUUCUGUAAAUCUGAGGUAGCAUUGUUCUUGGUAGCUGGUACAUGCUUAUGUAUUAUAUGUAGGUUAUUUACCUGAUCUGUACAUAACAUGGCUGUGUAUGUAGCCUUUGUAAUUUGGCAAGAAUGGUGCUGAAAAUUUUGCCACGAUUCACACAAUAUUCCAUUCACUCCCAAAUUAAACGGAUCCAACUAAAAAU